ACCAUUGAAAUCAGAAAUUUUACUGAUUUCAAGCCAUAAUCAUAAUAUUAACAGAAUUAACGAGUCAUGCGUGGUAAAUGCAAAGACGUACUCACCACUCUUCUUUUUCAAAAAUCGGAGCUUCUUUGUAACCUUGAGCCAGAAUCCGCAUCCAGAGAUUGUAAACGACCACAAGCCAGCUUGAUUUAUCACAUAAUUAAAAGUUUAUGACCACUUUUGACACAUUAUUUCAGUUUAAUAAGUAGCACUAUAAACAACGCUCUAUUCACAACGCGUAGUAACGAACAAAUAAAAAAUAUUUACGUAUUAGUACCGUCCACGGAUGAGAAGAGUCUCGCGCGACAGCACAAGGCCAUGUGCGAUGCUACACACACAUUAAUAGAUGUGAUCACUUCGACCAAUCAUGUAUCACGACCGAAAUCACGUGAUAACUGAGGUAAGGCGCGACUAUUCAAAUUGCGUUAUUCUUGUCGGCGGACGACGAGACCUUUUAUAAUUUUCAAAUAUAUUGCCACCAGAGUGCAUCACAGUUGCGAAAUGUCGGUAAAAGUACGAAUAGCUGUGUGAAAGAAUAAUUUUUAUUUGUCAAAUAACGUAUAACAUGUAUUGAAUAAUUUAUUAUUAGAAAUUAAGUUACUUUUAUAAAACUUGACAAUUACAAUUUCGCAAGAAUGGAAGAGUUUUUGCAAAACGUAGGCGUAGGUUUAAGGCCCAUCAACGAUCCUUUUUUUGAAGAUUCAUAUAGUGCUUGCAAAAUUUUUCAACGAAAAGGUGUUACUGUUGAAGAUGAUGAAGAAUUAUGUCAUGAAGUCAUAAGAGAAUUUUCUUGUUAUGCCAAUGGUUGUAAAGCCACAUUCCAAACAUUGCUUGAUUUUGAGAUGCAUUAUAACAGCAAUCAUCGAUAUGUUUGUGCAGAAUGUAAAAAGUCUUUACCAAAUCCCAGAUUAUUAGACAUCCAUGUUCAAGAGACUCAUGAUAGUUUCUUUCAAGUUUUAUGUACAAGACAACCAGUGUAUCAAUGUUAUGUUUCUGAGUGCGAUUUAAAAUUUAAUAAUCCAACUGAAAGAAGAACUCAUUGCAUUAAUGAACAUAAAUUUCCAAAGAAUUUUAGAUUUGAUAAUGUUCCAAAUCAUGUAGAAACUGAGUCAAAAGAACAAAUGGAUAUUGAUGAGUCUACAAAUGGAAAAAAGGAGUUAAAACCUAAGAAAAUAUGGUUAAAUAAAAAUCAGAAACAGAAAAUGUUUACAGUUGCAGCAAAAACUACAGUACGAAGAGACACUACUACCAUUGAAAAUCAAUCAAAUCCAUCAAAUACUACCACUGAUAAAUCUUCUUUAGUUUUUGUUCCAAGACAAGUACAAAAAUCAUAUACAAAAGCACUUACUAAGAAUCAGAGUAAUGAAAAAAAUGUACUCGAAACAGGAUGUAUGGUGGAUUUGGCUGAUUCAUUACCUGAUUAGUAAUAAUAGAAGUAUUUUAUAAGAAAUCAUAUUUUUUCAAAGAAAUUUUUAUUAUAAAUAUAUUUUAAAUAUAGUAACAAUAUUUACAUGUCUAAUGAAGUUUAAGGAAUUUGAAUACUUCCAUGCUAUUGUUAUCCUACUUUCAUUUAUUUACAGGUUUCCUCCGAUCAUGUUGUGUAUUGUACACAUUCCUUACACAAAUUUAAUUAUUUUGAUUUGCUUACAGUGUGCAGAAUACUUUUUGUAUUAAAGUACGAAUAACAUUUAAUUAAAGAUUCUUAUAUUUUUAAA